CCUUCUCCCCUUCUUUCUCUUUCUCUAGACUUCUCCAGUAGCCGGCUACUCCUUUUCGAGCCCACCUUAGAUCGCCCCGCCCUACUUAUAAGUCAUGGAGCACUACUCCGGGUCUAUGAUGCUCUCUUUUGAGGCCCUCCUCAUCCCGUCUGAUGGCCGCUCACCAACGCUCGUGCCUCUGGCCACAAGCCCCAUGAGCGUGCCCAGCCACGGCAUGAUGUACGGCCAGCCCCCGCAGCGCAUGCCUCACCCCGAGGUCUACAUGGACUACAUCGCCGAAGGCCUUGGUCCCCGCGCUUGGAAGUACCAGCUGGUCGAGGCCCUCGAUGGCAUGAACCGCAAGUUCACGCAGCCAUACGUGAUCUUCUACCCGGUCGUCUCGCGCGACGGGAUGCCGUUCCCCGUCAACAAAUGCGUACGCGAGAUCCAAGGGCGCUCCUACCGCGAGGAGCUCGCCUGGCGCGGCAACAUCAUCGUCGCCAAGUACCGCGACAGCCCCUUCACCAGCAUGGUGGACGCCUCGAUGGCCGACUUCCCCAUCAUCAAGAACUACCUGCUCACGCACGGCUCGCCUCGUUAAGCGAUGGCUCAGUCGGAGCCCGUGCCCGUUGUGAAUCUGAACCGUCGAAUGAAGCAUAGCAUUGCAUCGCAAAGGAAGGACUUUCACACAAAGUACAUGUACAUACACGCUAAUAUAGACUACAACCCUCUAUGUAUCUUCUAGUCUUGGGAUAGAAUAUUGGUAUUCUGGGA